AUGGAUAACGUGAAAGUUAGUGAAAAACAUACUGUUGAGAUCACUGGAGCUGGAAAAGAAGCAGCAGCAAAGGUACGCGAAGGGGCGGAUAAAGUAGGAGAAACGGCUAGAGAAGCACAAGAUUACUCCAGCGAGAAAUUACGCGACGGGAAGCAAACUGUUCAACAAAAGGUUAAUUUAGAGAUUUUUAGUUCAUAUAGUUACCUCAUGUUUGUUAAAUUAACCCCUAGCUGGUUAUAUUUCAGCAUAGUCGGAUCCUUACCCUUUUAAGC